CACCGUGCCCUGCCUAACCCCAGGCUACCUCGGUCCGCUUGUAGCAAGUUCGAAUUUAUCCGUGGAUCUUUGGAAAGUCGGUCUUGGAAAUGUUUAGCAUUUUGCUGCUUUCCUGCCUGUUCCUGGGGCUUGUGCCAGCACUUACGCAGACCAGCGCAGAGAGGAGGCUGAGCCCAGAGAAGAGCGAAAUAUGGGGACCCGGGCUAAAAGCCGAGGUCGUCCUUCCUGCGCGCUAUUUCUACAUUCAGGCGGUGGAUGCAUCAGGGAAACAAUUCACAUCCUCUCCAGGUGAAAAGGUAUUCCAAGUUAGAAUCUCAGCACCUGAUGAGCAGUUCACUAGAGUUGGCGUCCAGGUUUUAGACCGAAAGGAUGGGUCUUUCAUCGUAAGAUACAGAAUGUAUGCAAGCUACAAAAGUCUGAAGAUAGAAGUUAAAUACCAAGAUCAACAUGUGGCCAAGUCUCCAUAUGUUUUAAGAGGGCCAGUUUACCAUGAGAACUGUGACUGCCCUUUGGAAGACAGCGCAGCCUGGCUACAGGAGAUGAACUGCCCAGAAACCAUCACUCAGAUUCAGAAAGAUCUGGCAUACUUCCCAGCUGUUGAUCCUGAAGAGAUUGCAGUAAAAAUUCCAAAAAAGUUUGGACAGAGGCAGAGCCUGUGUCACUACACCAUAAAGGACAAUAAGGUCUAUCUCAAGACCCAGGGGGAGCAUGUAGGGUUUAGAAUUUUCAUGAAUGACAUACUGCUUUCUUUGACUAGAAAGGUGAAGAUGCCAGAUGUGGAGUUUUUUGUCAAUUUGGGAGAUUGGCCUUUGGAAAAAAAGAAAUCCAAUUCAAACAUCCAGCCGAUCUUUUCCUGGUGCGGCUCCACAGAUUCCAAAGAUAUCGUGAUGCCUACCUAUGACCUGACUGACUCUGUUCUCGGAACCAUGGGCCGAGUAAGUCUGGAUAUGAUGUCUGUGCAAGGUAACACAGGGCCUCCCUGGGAAAAUAAGAACUCCACAGCUCUCUGGAGGGGCCGAGACAGCCACAAAGAGAGGCUUGAGCUAGUGAAACUCAGUAGAAAACACCCAGAGCUCAUCGAUGCGGCUUUUACCAACUUCUUCUUCUUUAAUCACGAUGAGAGCCUGUAUGGCCCCAUUGUGGAACACAUCUCCUUUUUCGAUUUCUUCAAGCAUAAGUAUCAGAUAAAUAUUGAUGGCACUGUUGCAGCAUAUCGCCUGCCCUAUCUACUGGUAGGCGACAGCGUUGUCCUGAAGCAGGACUCCAUCUACUAUGAACACUUUUAUAAUGAGUUGCAGCCCUGGAAACACUACAUUCCAGUCAAAAGCAACCUGAGUGAUCUGCUAGAAAAGCUUAAAUGGGCAAAAGAUCAUGAUGCAAAGGCCAAGAAGAUAGCAAAAGCAGGACAAGAAUUUGCAAGAAAUAAUCUAAUGGGCGAUAAUAUAUUCUGUUAUUAUUUCAAACUCUUCCAGGAAUAUGCCAGUUUACAAGUGAGUAAACCACAAAUCCGAGACGGGAUGAAGAGAGUAGAACCAGAGACUAAGGAUGACCUCUUUCCUUGCGUGUGCCAUAGAAAAAAGACCAAAGAUGAACUCUGAUAUGCAAAGUAUCUUCCAUUCAAAUGAUGGUGCUCUGAAGAUUCUCUUCUUAACUGUAAAGAAGGUCAUUUUUAAGUAUUAAUUCCACAGACAAUGUAAAAUCUGUGUGACUGUUUUCAUUAUCAAGGUGUUUCUUCUUAUGCAGUAUUCCCAUGACUUCUUUACAGCACAUUUUAAAUUUUUUGGUAAUAAAACUACCUUUAUUUUAAAG